UGAGAAGGAAAUUAUUAAACAACUGUAAAAUUUCUUAUCUGCUCAAAGAUUCUAAAUUUAGAAAAGGGGGAUUCCUAGUUGAAUUUUCUGUCGAUAUAUGUAUGACUUAUUCAGAGAGAUUUGGACAUGGAUCCCAGCAGCAGUGCCCAGGAUGUGAUCAGAUGUGACCUUUGUGAGACAGCUAUAGUACAGAUGUACUGUGAUUUCUGUCAUGUCAGCCUCUGUAAACCCUGUAUUGGAGAACACAUUGCUGAUGAAUAUGACAAACAUAAAAUUGUCCCAUUCCAACAAAGAAAAUCCACCUUAAUUUAUCCACAGUGCAAUACACAUGAAACAAAAACAUGUAAAUUUGAUUGUAAAAAAUGCAACACAUAUGUGUGUUCUUUAUGCAUUACAUCUGAUACACAUAAGGGACAUGCCAUUAGAACUCUUUCUGAUAUCUUUAAUUCAAAGAAAGAAAUCAUAGGGAAAGAUACCGAAGAGUUAGAAAAAAUAAUUUCUCCAACUUAUGAAGAAAUUGCCACUGAUAUAGAAACACAAAUAGCUAAUCUGGAUGAAGAAUAUGAAAAUCUUUUAACAGCAGUGACAGAACAUGGAGAAGAAUGGCACAAGAAAAUCGAUAACAUUGUAAACAAAAUGAAAACAGAAAUUGAAGAGAUAAAAAUCAAACAUAUAUGCAUUCUGAAGAAACAUUUAGGUGGAAUUAAACAAAUACAGAAUCUCAUUAAACAAACACUGCUAAAACUAUAUAAAAUAGAUGAAUCAAAUGAAGUGUCCAUGAUUAUGGAAUACAGUUCUAAAAUCAAAGAUUUGAGCAGAAUUCCUCCCAAAGUUGAGAUAUCACUGCCAACAUUCAAUCCAAAGUCCAAAGAUACAGAAUAUUUUUAUACAUUGUUUGGAUCUUUAACACAACUAUCUACGAAAACAAAAGAAAAUGGUUACAAACUGAAGAAACAAGAAACACCAACCAGAGAACUGCUGGAAGAACCAGAACUUAUCACUUCUAUAGAUACUGGGUAUGAAGAACUCCGCUCUGUUGCCUGUCUCAGUGAAGAAGAAAUCUGGACAAGUGGAAUGGUUAGUGAUAUGAAAUGUUUUAACAUUCAAGGCUCCCUAAUUAAGACAAUCAGAACAAAAUCAGGGGAACGGCCAAGUGACAUAACAGUGGCAAGUGAUGGAGAUCUAUUGUACUCUGACAGGAUAGAAAGGACAGUGAAUAGAGUGAAGAAUGGCCAAACAGAGGAGAUGAUCAGACUUCAGGAUUGGACACCUAGAAAACUCUGUGUCACCUCCUCUGGUGAUCUGCUGGUUACUAUGUACAGUGUUACUAAUCUCUUGGUUUCUAUAUUCAGUAAACCACAGUUCAAAGUUGUGCGUUUCUCAGGUUCCACAGAGAAACAAACAAUCCAGUUUGAUGAAGAGGGUAAACCUCUGUAUUCAGGAAAUGACCGAGUUAAGUACAUCAGUGAGAACAGAAACCUGGAUAUCUGUGUGGCUGACUGUGAAGCUGGUGCUGUAGUGGUGGUCAACCAGGCUGGAAAACUCCGAUUUAGAUACACUGGUCAUCCUCCCUCUGCUAUAAAGAAAAAACAAUUUGUGCCUUAUGGUAUCACAACAGACAGCCAGAGUCAGAUCCUGACAGCAGACUAUUAUAACCACUGUAUCCACAUCCUAGACCAGGACGGACAGUUCCUCCGUUAUAUAGAUAACUGUGAUCUGAAGAAUCCAUAUGGUUUAUGUGUGGACAAAAAUAAUUUGUUUGUUACUGAGUGGAAUUUGGACAUGGAUCCCAGCAGCAGUGCCCAGGAUGUGAUCAGAUGUGACCUAUGCGAGACAGCUAUAGUACAGAUGUACUGUGAUUUCUGUCAUGUCAACCUUUGUAAACCCUGUAUUGGAGAACACAUUGCUGAUGACUAUAACAAACAUCAGAUUGUCCCAUUCCAACAAAGAAAAUCCACCUUGAUUUAUUCCAAGUGCACAACACACGAAACAGAAAGAUGUAAAUUUCAAUGCAAAGAAUGCAACACAUCUGUGUGUUCCUUAUGCAUUAUAACUGAUACACAUAAAGGACAUACCAUUUCAACUCUUUUUGACAUUUUUAAUUCAAAGAGAGAACUCAUAGGGAAAGAUAUUGAAGAGUUAGAAAACAUAAUUUCUCCAACUUAUGAAGAAAUAGCCACUGAUAUAGAAACUCAGAUUGCUAAUCUGGAUGGAGAAUAUGAUAGACUUUCAACAGAAGUUACAGAACAUGGAGAAGAAUGGCACAAAGAAAUUGACAACAUUGUGAACAAAAUGAAGACAGAAAUUGAAGAAAUAAAAAAUAAACAUAUGACCAUUCUGAAGAAACAUUUAGAUGAAAUUAAAGAAGUACAAUCAGUUAUUGAAAAAACAUUGCUAAAACAAAAUGAAAUAAACGAAUCAAACGAAGUGUCUAUGACAGUUGAAUACAGUUCUAAAAUCAAAGAUUUUAGGAAACUUCCUCCUAAAGUUAUAGUAUCAUUGCCUCUGUUCAGUCCAAAGUCAAAAGAUACAGAACAACUUUAUGCAUUGUUUGGAUCUUUAACACCAAUAUCUACCAAAACAGAAGAAAAUGGCUACAAACUGAAGAAACCACCAAGGAGAGAACUGCUGAAAGAACCAGAACUUAUCACUUCUAUAGAAACUGGGUAUAAAGAACUCCGAAGUGUUACGUGUCUCAGUGAAGAAGAAAUCUGGACAUGUGGACAAGUCAGUGAUAUGAAAUGUUUUAGCAUGCAAGGGUCACUAAUCAAGACAAUCAAAACAAAAACAGGAGAACAUGCAGUUGAUAUAGCAGUGACAAAUGAUGGAGAUUUAGUUUAUUCUGACUGGGAAAGAAGGAUAGUUAAUAAGGUGAAGAAUGGACAGAUAGAGGAGAUGAUCACACUACAGGACUGGAAACCUAACAAUCUCUGUGUCACCUCCUCCGGUGAACUCCUGGUUACCAUGUUCAGUGAUGAUCAAAAACAUUCCAAAGUUGUCCGUUACUCAGGAUCCAUAGAGAAACAAACAAUUCAGUUUGAUGAGGAAGAUAAACCUCUGUAUUCAGGAAAUGGCUAUAUUAAGUACAUCAGUGCUGUAGUAGUAUGUAACCAAGCUGGAGAAUUCCGAUUUAGAUACACUGGUCAUCCUUCUUCCACCAAGAACGGACCAUUUAAACCCCGUGGUAUUACAACGGACAGCCAGAGUCAGAUCCUGACAGCAGACCGUAUUAACCACUGUAUCCAUAUCCUAGAUCAGGAUGGACAGUUCCUCCGUUAUAUAGAUAACUGUGAUCUGAAGGAACCAUUUGGUUUAUGUGUGGACAAAAAAGACAAUUUGCUUGUCGCUGAGUACAGAGGAAACGUUAAAAAGAUUAAAUAUCUCUUGUAAAUGUUACAACUCCUGGAAAUAAUGAUAGGAAAAAAUCUUUUGUUUCG